GUUUUAACACAUCUACUCUUCCCCAGGAAGGUUGAGAUGAUUGUAGGGGAAAAAGAGAAAAUGACGACCGUACCCUUGAAACUUUCUCAAUAAUCGUAUGCGACUGCUCCUCUUCACAAAUAAUCUUCUUGGCUCUGCCUCCGAUUUUUUCUUCCUGCGUCUGCGAUUCUUCUCUGCAUCACCAGCAUGGGAGGACACGGAGCGCGACACCGACUUCCGCGUCGAACAGCUACGCCAAGCCCGCGGAUUGGCUUCGGUUUCGGCUUCGGCUUCCUCACACCAAUCCACCGCAGCCGAUCCAGCACCCACACCGACACCCGAAGCGGAGCCAAAGUCAAAGCAUAUUAACUUGUUUGAAGGAAUCAGGAUAUUUGAUCCAGUUGAUGUUGAUAAGAGGAAGAUUGAAUUAGGGGAUGAGAAAAGGAAAGGGGGAUUCAAGAGGAUGAAGAAGGAGCCGGAGCCUCCAAAGGUGGUUUUGCCAGAGGAUGAGAAGUAUAGGUUAGGGUAUGGAGUGGCUGGAAAAGGCGUAAAGCUACCAUGGUACUUGGAAAAACGCCCAAAUGGUGAUGAUGAUGAUGUAGAUAACAAUGAUUCCGAGGAGACAGUAGUAACUAAUAGCAGUAAAAAGAAGAGCGUUGAGGAAUUACGGGAAGAGAGGUUGAAGAGAGAAGCAAGAGAAAAGGAAAGGGAACGAGCUUUGAUGCAGAAACACAAGCACAAGAAUGGUAGAGGAGGAUAUUAUUCAACAAGGUAA